AUUUUAGUCUGAUGCCAAUGCAAGUUACUUAAGAGCAGCUCGAGCUGGACACGUGGAAAAGGCCCUUGACUACAUAAAAAACGGAGUUGACAUCAACAUUUGCAAUCAGAAUGGGUUGAAUGCGCUCCAUCUUGCCUCCAAAGAAGGCCACGUAGAAGUUGUUUCUGAACUGCUAAAGAGAGAAGCCAAUGUGGAUGCAGCUACAAAGAAAGGAAACACAGCAUUGCACAUAGCAUCUUUGGCUGGGCAAGCAGAGGUGGUAAAGGUCUUGGUUACAAAUGGAGCCAAUGUCAAUGCACAAUCUCAGAAUGGUUUCACCCCAUUGUACAUGGCAGCCCAGGAAAACCACCUGGAAGUUGUCAAGUUUCUUCUUGACAAUGGUGCCAGCCAGAGCCUAGCCACAGAGGAUGGCUUCACGCCGUUGGCAGUGGCUUUGCAACAAGGUCAUGAUCAAGUGGUGUCCCUCCUGCUAGAAAAUGACACUAAAGGCAAAGUGCGGCUUCCGGCUCUUCACAUCGCCGCCCGAAAGGAUGACACGAAAGCUGCCGCCCUGCUGCUGCAGAAUGACCACAACGCAGACGUGGAGUCCAAGAGUGGCUUCACUCCGCUCCACAUAGCGGCUCACUAUGGAAACAUCAAUGUAGCCACGUUGCUGUUAAACCGCGCGGCCGCCGUGGACUUCACUGCAAGGAAUGACAUCACUCCUUUACAUGUUGCAUCAAAAAGAGGAAAUGCCAACAUGGUAAAACUACUGCUUGAUCGAGGAGCUAAAAUCGAUGCCAAAACAAGGGACGGUCUGACGCCGCUGCAUUGUGGAGCCAGGAGCGGCCAUGAGCAGGUGGUGGAAAUGCUGCUCGAUCGAGCUGCCCCCAUUCUUUCAAAAACCAAGAAUGGACUGUCCCCACUGCACAUGGCCACGCAAGGGGACCACUUGAACUGUGUCCAGCUUCUCCUCCAGCAUAACGUGCCUGUGGACGACGUCACCAAUGACUACCUGACCGCCCUGCACGUGGCUGCCCACUGUGGCCAUUACAAAGUCGCCAAGGUUCUCUUGGACAAGAAAGCUAACCCCAAUGCCAAAGCCCUGAAUGGCUUUACCCCUCUUCACAUCGCCUGCAAGAAGAAUCGGAUUAAAGUCAUGGAACUCCUUCUGAAACACGGUGCAUCCAUCCAAGCUGUAACCGAGUCGGGCCUUACCCCAAUCCAUGUUGCUGCCUUCAUGGGGCAUGUAAAUAUCGUAUCACAGCUAAUGCAUCAUGGAGCCUCCCCAAAUACCACCAACGUGAGAGGAGAAACGGCGCUGCACAUGGCAGCUCGGUCCGGCCAGGCUGCAGUCGUGCGGCAUCUGGUGCAAGACGGAGCUCAGGUAGAAGCUAAAGCAAAGGAUGACCAAACCCCACUGCACAUCUCAGCCCGAUUGGGGAAGGCGGAUAUAGUCCAGCAGCUGUUGCAGCAAGGAGCGUCUCCAAAUGCAGCCACGACUUCUGGGUACACCGCCCUCCACCUUGCAGCCCGAGAAGGGCAUGAGGACGUGGCCUCAUUCCUUUUGGAUCAUGGCGCAUCUUUGUCUAUUACAACAAAGAAAGGAUUCACUCCCCUUCAUGUGGCAGCAAAAUACGGGAAGCUUGAAGUAGCCAACCUCCUGCUGCAGAAGAGCGCAUCUCCUGAUGCCGCUGGGAAGAGCGGGCUAACUCCACUGCAUGUAGCUGCACAUUACGAUAACCAGAAGGUGGCCCUUCUGCUUUUGGACCAAGGAGCCUCACCUCAUGCGGCUGCAAAGAAUGGUUAUACGCCACUGCACAUCGCUGCCAAAAAGAACCAGAUGGACAUAGCGACGACUCUGCUGGAAUAUGGUGCUGAUGCAAACGCAGUUACCCGGCAAGGAAUUGCUUCUGUCCAUCUUGCAGCUCAGGAGGGUCACGUGGACAUGGUGUCACUGCUCCUCAGCCGAAAUGCCAACGUGAACCUGAGCAAUAAGAGUGGCCUGACCCCACUCCAUCUGGCUGCUCAAGAAGACAGAGUGAAUGUGGCCGAAGUCCUCGUCAACCAAGGGGCACACGUGGACGCCCAGACCAAGAUGGGAUACACCCCACUCCAUGUGGGUUGCCACUAUGGAAACAACAAGAUUGUUAAUUUCCUGCUCCAGCAUUCUGCAAAAGUUAAUGCCAAAACAAAGAAUGGGUAUACGCCAUUGCAUCAAGCAGCUCAACAAGGACAUACACAUAUAAUCAACGUCUUGCUUCAGAACAAUGCCUCCCCCAAUGAACUCACUGUGAAUGGGAACACUGCCCUCGCCAUUGCCCGCAGGCUUGGCUACAUCUCAGUGGUGGACACGCUGAAGGUUGUGACUGAGGAGACCAUUACCACAACGACUGUCACAGAGAAGCACAAAAUGAAUGUUCCAGAAACAAUGAAUGAAGUUCUUGAUAUGUCUGAUGACGAAGUUCGUAAAGCCAACGCCCCUGAAAUGCUCAGUGAUGGCGAAUAUAUCUCAGAUGUUGAAGAAGGUGGUAGAUGCACAUGGUAUAAAAUUCCCAAGGUACAAGAGUUGUCGGUGAAAAGCGAAGAUGCGCUGACGGGGGACACUGACAAGUACCUGGGGCCACAGGACCUCAAGGAGCUGGGCGAUGAUUCUCUGCCUGCCGAGGGCUACAUGGGCUUUAGUCUUGGGGCCCGUUCUGCCAGCCUCCGCUCCUUCAGUUCGGAUAGGUCUUACACCUUGAACAGAAGCUCCUAUGCCCGGGACAGCAUGAUGAUCGAAGAACUCCUGGUGCCAUCCAAAGAGCAGCACCUAACAUUCACAAGAGAAUUUGACUCAGAUUCUCUUAGACACUAUAGCUGGGCUGCAGACACCUUGGACAAUGUCAAUCUUGUCUCAAGUCCUGUUCAUUCUGGGUUUCUCGUGAGCUUCAUGGUGGAUGCGAGAGGCGGCUCCAUGAGAGGAAGCCGUCACCACGGGAUGAGAAUCAUCAUCCCUCCACGCAAGUGCACGGCCCCCACCCGAAUCACCUGCCGUUUGGUAAAGAGACAUAAACUGGCCACCCCACCCCCCAUGGUGGAAGGAGAGGGACUAGCCAGUAGGCUGGUAGAAAUGGGUCCUGCAGGGGCCCAAUUUUUAGGCCCUGUCAUAGUGGAAAUACCUCACUUUGGGUCUAUGAGAGGAAAAGAGAGGGAACUCAUUGUUCUUCGAAGUGAAAAUGGAGAAACAUGGAAGGAGCACCAAUUUGACAGUAAAAAUGAAGAUUUAACUGAAUUACUUAAUGGCAUGGAUGAAGAACUUGAUAGUCCAGAAGAGUUAGGGAAAAAGCGAAUCUGCAGGAUUAUCACGAAGGAUUUCCCCCAGUAUUUUGCAGUAGUUUCACGGAUUAAGCAGGAAAGCAACCAGAUUGGUCCUGAAGGUGGAAUUCUGAGCAGCACCACUGUGCCCCUGGUCCAGGCUUCUUUCCCUGAGGGCGCUUUGACCAAAAGAAUCCGAGUGGGCCUCCAGGCCCAGCCUGUUCCAGAUGAAAUUGUGAAAAAGAUCCUUGGAAACAAAGCAACAUUUAGCCCAAUUGUCACUGUGGAACCAAGAAGAAGGAAAUUCCAUAAACCGAUCACAAUGACCAUUCCGUUGCCCCCGCCCUCGGGAGAAGGCGUAUCCAACGGGUACAAGGGGGACGCCACACCCAAUCUGCGCCUUCUCUGUAGCAUUACAGGGGGCACCUCACCGGCUCAGUGGGAAGACAUCACAGGAACUACUCCUUUGACGUUUAUAAAGGAUUGUGCCUCUUUUACAACCAAUGUUUCAGCCAGAUUUUGGCUUGCAGACUGCCAUCAAGUUUUAGAAACUGUGGGGUUAGCCACGCAACUGUACAGAGAAUUAAUAUGUGUUCCAUAUAUGGCCAAGUUUGUUGUUUUUGCCAAAAUGAAUGAUCCUGUGGAAUCCUCCCUGCGGUGUUUCUGCAUGACAGAUGACAAAGUGGACAAAACUUUAGAGCAGCAAGAGAAUUUUGAGGAAGUUGCAAGAAGCAAAGAUAUUGAGGUUCUGGAAGGAAAACCUAUUUAUGUUGAUUGUUAUGGAAAUCUGGCUCCACUGACCAAAGGAGGACAGCAACUUGUUUUUAACUUUUAUGCUUUCAAAGAAAAUAGACUGCCAUUUUCCAUCAAGAUUAGAGACACCAGCCAAGAGCCCUGUGGUCGUCUGUCUUUUCUGAAAGAACCAAAGACAACAAAAGGACUGCCUCAAACAGCUGUCUGCAACUUAAAUAUCACUCUGCCAGCACAUAAAAAGGCCGAGAAAGCAGAUAAACGACAGAGCUUUGCAUCUUUAGCUUUACGUAAGCGCUACAGCUACUUGACUGAUCCUGGAAUGAGUCCACAGAGUCCAUGUGAACGGACAGAUAUCAGGAUGGCAAUAGUAGCCGAUCACCUGGGACUUAGUUGGACAGAACUGGCAAGGGAACUGAAUUUUUCAGUGGAUGAAAUCAAUCAAAUACGUGUGGAAAAUCCAAAUUCUUUAAUUUCUCAAAGCUUCAUGUUAUUAAAAAAAUGGGUUACCAGAGAUGGAAAAAAUGCUACAACUGAUGCCUUAACUUCGGUCUUGACAAAAAUUAAUCGAAUAGAUAUAGUGACUCUGCUAGAAGGACCAAUAUUUGAUUAUGGAAAUAUUUCAGGCACCAGAAGUUUUGCUGAUGAGAACAAUGUUUUCCAUGACCCUGUUGAUGGUUAUCCUUCCCUUCAAGUGGAACUGGAAACUCCCACAGGGUUGCACUACACACCACCCACCCCUUUCCAGCAAGAUGAUUAUUUUAGUGAUACCUCUAGCACAGAAUCUCCCCUUAGAACCCCCAGUAGACUGAGUGAUGGGCUAGUGCCUUCCCGGGGAAACGUAGAGCAUUCAGCAGAUGGACCUCCAGUUGUAACUGCAGAAGACACUUCCUUAGAAGACAGCAGACUUGAAGACUCAAUGCCUAUAACAGAAAUGCCCGAAGCAGUCGAUGUAGAUGAGAGCCAGUUGGAGAAUGUUUAUCUGAGUUGGCAGAAUGAGACCAGUGGAAACCUAGAGUCCCCGGCUCAAGCUCGAAGAAUAACUGGUGGGUUACUAGAUCGACUGGAUGACAGCCCAGACCAAUGUAGAGAUUCCAUUACCUCAUAUCUCAAAGGAGAACCUGGGAAAUUUGAAGCAAAUGGGAACCAUGCAGAAGUCACUCCAGAAGCAAAGACGAAAUCUUACUUUCCAGAAUCCCAAAAUGAUGUAGGCAAACAGAGUACUAAGGAAACUCUGAGACCAAAACCACACGGAUACGGUCGUGUUGAGGAACCAGCAUCAUCACUAGCAGCAUAUCAGAAAUCUCUCGAAGAAACCAGCAAGUUUGUAAUGGAGGAGCCUAAACCCUGUGUGCCUGUCGGAAUGAAAAAGAUGAGUAGGACUUCUCCUGCAGAUGGCAAGCCAAGGCUUAACCUCCACGAAGAAGAGGGGUCCAGUGGGUCUGAGCCAAAGGUCAAAAGUCCGGGUGCAGCUCUUACACGAAUGACUACCUGCUGUUACAAGGACUUGAAAAACAGUGAGAGUGAUUCAAGCUCAGAGGAGGAACAGAGAGUCACUACCCGAGUUAUUCGCCGGCGUUUGAUUAUAAAGGGAGAGGAAGCAAAACACAUUCCUGGUGAAUCUGUCACGGAGGAACACUUUACUGAUGAAGAAGGCAACCUCGUCACCAGAAAAAUCACUCGGAAAGUGAUAAGACGAAUGGUUAUCCCACAAGAGAGGAAACAUGACAUGCAGGGAGAAGGUUAUAAGGUGAAGACAAAGAAAGAAAUCCGGCAUGCGGAGAAGAAGAGCCACUCAUAACAGUGAAAGGAUCAUGUGUUUUUACUGCCAGUAUUGAGAAAUUCAUGGAAGACAUGUCAGCAGGAAGUAAAGAUUCGAGGAGAAGGGUGUGUGUGUGUUUGCUGCUUCCACACAUUAAUGGCAUGACUCUUUUUUUUUUACACAAAAAGAAAAGAGAAAAAGGAAACCACCCACAUUUUAAUUUAGCAUGAGCCAACUUACAGAGCAUGGAAAUUCACUUUCAUUCCCAGGAUUGGCACGUGUGCAAUUAGCAAUGCAGUGUAUAUACAAGAAGCCAUGCCGUUAACAGUUUAUCUCAAGUGACUUGGUGUCAUUUACAAAAGGAAGAAAUUCCUGCCUCCAGAAGGAACAGAAGGAGAUGGACUGAUGAAAUCACAGAGAAACACUAAAAUUACUAAAUCCACAACAGCUCGCCUUAUUUUUCUUGGACCCAAACUGUCAGGGUAUAAACACUAUUUGUUUCUUUUUUAAAACAUCUAUAGUUUUGCUGUAAAUAAUAACAGUGUAUAAAUUCUAACAGAAAAAUAGAAUAAAUGUUGAUAAGGCACUGCCUCUUAGAACACAAACAGAAUAUUGCAAAUGCAUUUAACAUCAUAGAGGUCUCAAGGGACUUCACCCUAGAAGAGGAGGGAGGGGUUCUGGGUGGGGGGGACCUUUACUGAUUCUUGUAUAUUAGCAAUUAUAAUGUUUGUAUAUGCAAAACUGCUAGCUUGAUUUUAAAAAAGCAAAUCUUUAAAAUCUGCUGCAAAUUUAAAUAAUUCCCAAAAUGAGGAAUUCUGUAGUUCUGUGAAAAAAAAUUUUCUUCAGAAUACUAAUAUUUUGAUGCAUGUGUAUCACCUUAUUUUGAUUAAAUCUUUUCCAAUUUUGCAAACACUACCGUAUACUGCAACACAGAAGAUUUUAUCUGUAAACAAAAAGCCCUUCAUCUAAUAUUUGUUGCUAUUGCCAAUUUUCCAAUUAAAUGACCUAAAAAUGGAAAAAAAAAAACCUAUACAGUAGUUGCUUUAGGGGGAGGGGGUGCUCUCUGUUAGUGCUUAAAAGGGGGGUAAUGCUUGCCGCUUUAGAGGUGGAUGGUGCUCAUAAGAGGCCCCAGUCAGGGGUGUUUAAAAUGGACUGAACAGAAAUCCUUAGCUAGUAGAAUGGCAGCACGCUGUAAAAUUAUCACUGUAUCGUGUACUGGCUAUAAGAUGUAGACACCUUUCAGUAAGCCAAUCAUUUGUAACCAUUCUAGCAGUGUCAUACUAGGUUAAUAAGGCUGCAGUGUUUUAAAGGGCAUUUUUAUUUGGGUUUUGGUGAAAUUCUUUAAUUUGUUGAUUAUAUUCAUAUGAAAUCAGCAUUCAUGGACACAUAGCUCUAAUGACAUAUGUAUGAAAAACCAUACACUGGAUGACCUAGUCGAUUAUUUAAGCAUAAAAUAAAUUGUGUUAAACUCUUCACCU